AUGCUGCUUCCUCAUGCUACGAACUCCUUUGGCUUGGACUGCCCGUCGUCGCUGGGUUUGGACUCAGAUUUCACCGCAUUAACUUCCUCCUACACCAAUACCGAUUUUGAAUUGAAUGGAAGCCAAUAUAAUCCGCUAGAAUACACUGAAGAUGGCUUGAAUCGCUACACAAACGACUCGUAUCUCCAUGGUCAGCUUGUCACCAACACCCAGCUUCCUGCCAAUAAUCAAAUUCGACUGUCUCCCAAAGCUCAAUUGGUCACCAAUGGUCAGCUUGCAUCCAACACUCAGAUCCUUGUGAACGGCCCGCUUGUCACCGAUGGCCAGCUCAUUGUCAAUGGUCAGCGUGCUGCUGAUGGUCAGCUCUUCGCCAGCAGUCAUCACGUUGCCAAUGGUCAGCUCGUCGCCAAUGGUCAGCUCGUCGCCAAUGGUCAGCUCGUCGCCAAUGGUCAGCUCGUCGCCAAUGGCCAGCUCGUUGCUGAUGGACAGCUCAUCGUCAAUGGACAGCUCAUUGCCGAUGGUCAGCUUGACGCUACAGGUCAGUUUGAUGCUAACAGUCAGGUUAUCAACAAUGGCGCUAUCGUGAAAAACCCGACGCCUGUCCCAUCGUCAAAGCCCAAACGCCAGCGCAAGAAACCUGUCAAGAAAGGUCUGGUCCUUCCAAACCCACCGGCUCCUAUUCCAAGCCCACCAGCUCCCCUCCCAAGCCCACCAGCCCCACCCAUUUCCCCUGAGACCGAAGCUCCAAACGACACCACCCUCAAAGAACCCGCUCUCCAUCCAAAAAAGCCAAAGCCCCCAAAACACUCUCAGUGGUCUCCCCAGCUUGUUGAACAGGCAAAGACCAAGGCGCUUGACGAGUUGAUUCAACUUGUAGCUGAAGACUCGACCUAUAUACGACUCUCUGCGGAUGAUACUGUCGAACUGAAUGCUGCUUACAUGGAAUACCAACGUCAGCUUUAUAUCAUUGCAUACAAAAGAAAGCUAGCUAUUGAACCAUGUCUGCAUUACGUUGGUGAGGGAUCCAAUCCAAGGGGUCCAAGCAAUUACAACAAUUUUGCCAGAUACGAUCCAGAAGCAAGUAAGAUAUUUAAUGAUAAAUCUAUGCCUCCUAACAACCGAGCACGUGAAUUGGGCCGACUGUGGAACUUACUUGAUCUUGAAACUCAAGAGAAAUGGAAGGACCCUGCUUUCCUGGAAGAAAUCACACGGGGAGCUGAAAAAUCUGUCGAUGAUUCAACCAAUCGAAAGCGUAAAGGAACAGCAUCUUUUGACUCGGAUAAAUGGGCCAAUAAACUUGUUGCUGAUUUAAGGCAACUCAGUCGAAGUUCUGGACUUGAAGGAUUCCUAGUUCUUGGCUCACGUGGAAAGGACAAAGCUGACAUGUUCGUAGGAGGAACUCACUUGGGCGAGAUGUUUCUUGACAUGUAUGCGACCAAGGACGAUCCCUGCCAACUAUUUUCCGACUUGAUCAAAGGCCACAGAGCCAUGAAGACCAUAUCCGGCACUGAACCCACCCUAGCGAUACCAGAGAAGAAGAAAAAGCCGAGAGAAAUAAUUACGAAGCACGACAAGGGCAGUAUCCAAUCGAAUACUGAAUUCAUUCGGGGAAAGCUCAAUAAAGCAAUUGAUUUGGCUGUUCCUGGUGGCUAUGGACGUGGUUGGCCGGGAACAAAUACUCAACAUACACUCACUAAAUUGGGGGUUUCAUUACAAGUGCGGGAAAACAACCUAGGCGUCACCCCGCUCCACUUCUGCAAACGGCCAGGAGAUAUGAAAGACAAACAAGGACAGUUAGUUGUUGCAGCUUUGGAGGAAGACUUGGUUGAACUUGUAACCAUUUCGGCCUCCAAUGGCAGAUCAUCUGUGGGAUGUGCCAUUGCAGACAGUAGUGAACAUACAAAUCUUACAAGAGUCUCUGUUGGUUUUUGUACUAGUCCAGGAGCUCUUAAAACAAACGCAACUGCUUCAACAAAGCCAAGCAAGAAGCGCAAACGCACUGGAAGCAACACUCACAUUAGCAAUUUGGCUCAAGACUCAAUACUAGGCGGUGAUCCAACUAUUAGUGUUAAUGAUGCUUCUGACCAGGAGGAUGGGGAGGAGGUUGCAUCAGGAGUGGAGGCCCAGUAG